CGCUAGCCAGGUAGCGGCACGAAUGGAGCCGUCUGAUUACGUGUUCCAUCACUGUACCCUGCGGGCGGACACUCACAAAACCAGGGGUCAAACUAGCUUAUCGUACGUGGGCGAUCCCUUACCGAGCCCGUAUCUUUGCACGUAUGCAUAACCACAGAUCUUCGCGUACACGGCAGGCUGGUUUAACCUAUGCUGACAUGUAGCUGGAGGAAUUACGGAGUUGUGCUGCAGAGGACCGUUGACCACCAGUGGAGCGAGAGGGUGUAGGGAACGACAUCAUGCAGUACUACGAACAGUACGAGAGUUCGGAGUCCUCCCGUUCCAGGUUAAGGUCAGAGGAAUCCUCUUCAUACCAAAGGCGGUCAAGACGGACGUAUUCCUCGUUCAGGAAUAAAGGCACACCCCGCACGGGCUCCAAAAACUAUCGGGCACAGUCUCAGUCUCCGCCGAGGGCUUAUCACAAUGGAUACGCUAGCCCUCCCGCAUACGGGGAGGCGGCGAGGGAGCGAACAUACAGUUACACGAAAUACUUCGACAAGGCAAACAGGUUUGCUGAUAAAGCGUUUGGUGGGGAUUUUGAGGGCACAGGGAGGAUGUUUGGAGAAGGCCUGUCGGCUGGGUCUUCGGCCUACGAGAAAAGACGAAGCCGAAGUAAGAGUAGGUCCCGCACGAAAACGACUGCUGACGGGGAAAUGAUUGAUGAAAUCAUCACAGGAGACGACGAGGCAUUUGAAGGGUCACCUCAACCAGAGGAUAUUAACCUGGUAAAGCCAGCUUUUGCCCUCAGAGGAUUGAACAACAAGCUCGCGGCACAUAUGGACAGGAUGAAAAUCUUGGAAGAGGAAAACAGUUUCUUGAGAAAACAGAUCGACGUCUUGACACAUUCUGACUCUGCACUCGGAGAGGCCAGAAGACAGAUGGAGAAGCUGAUCGCAGAGAAGAAAAAACUCGAAGACCAAUUUGCAGCUCAGAAGAACGACAUUGAGAAGAAUAAAGAAAACGUAGCCAUACACAUCGAUAAGCUUCGUGCCGUCCAGCAGCAAAACAGAGAGCUGGCCGCCAAGACAAAGAACUUCGCCAAGGCCAUUGAGUUAGAGCGAGAGGAGUCUGGAAGAAAGAUAGCAAAGCUGGAAGAUGAAAUAGAAAAUCUGAAAAGGAUGAAAUACGAGUGGUCCAUUGAGGAAGACAGACUUUCGAAAGAAAGCAAAGACACUGCGACAAAGAUUACACAACUGGAAGAAGAGACUAACAGGUUAAAAAGUGAAUUGGGCGAAAGAAAUGAACAAAUUGACCGACUGUCGGCAGACAACCAAAAUCUAAAAGCAGAGCAGGAAAACAGCAGAGAGGAAAGGGAAAAAAUUAGGAGUCAGCAAGAACAUUUGAAGGACGAAGAGCAGAGGUUGAAGACAGAGAUGGAAGAAAGCGAGUUAGAGAAAGCGAAGGAGGAAGAAGCGCAGAAUAAGAUAAAGACGAUGGAAGAGGAGUACAUGAAGUUGAAGAUGGCUAUAGACCAAGUGGAGAAGACGGUGGCCCCUCGGCUGAGGCACGCUAAGGAGCAGUGUGACAAGCUGAUGCAGGAGAAGGCAGAGCUGGAGCUGGAGCUCAGCGACGUGCAGAAGAAGAAUCGUGAGAACAUGCAAAGGUACAUCCCACCACCACCCAAGACAAUGAUGGAAUGGAACUCUAAUGAGUUGCAGGGUGUUAUGCCGGCGGCACCACCUCCUCCCUAUCCCGGUGUAGCAGGUGCACCACGUUUCGCCAUGUCUACAUCUACUGGACGGCGCUUUUCUUUCCAGCCAUCAACUGAGAGCAAGUAUAAUCAACACACAAGGCGUCUGUCUCAACCAGUAACCUCGGCAGUGACAUGUACACAUCCGCGUAGUGAAGCCACGUAUAAAGAGAAGGUGGGUGAAAGUAAACAGCCACAGGUCACUCAGCAUAUAAGUCGCUUGAGGGAACGCUUAAAACACGGCAGACAAUUGUUUAACGCUAGGUCUACCUCGUCUCGAGCAGAAUCGUACACAAAUGUUGAAGAGAAUGACACAAAUAUCAACAAUCCAGAGGGAAAAACUGGAUUGUAUCCCCAAUCAAAGAGCAUCCACGAGGGAAACAUAGAACAAAAUAGACCAAUACAACAAGAAGUACCGUUGGCUCCUCUAUCCAAAGUAGGCCAUGUACAAAAUGACCCACAGCACAUCAAGAACAACAAAGCUGCAGCAAUGCAGAAUCAUAAUAGAGAGAAACAGGGGAACUCGCCUGCAGCCCAUCCUACAAAAAGUUUUCGGGAGCAACUAAAACAAGGUCGAAAGCUGGUAACACGCAACGGAUCUGCCUCGUCUCAGAACCAAUCCUACCAUGACCAAGAUGCCAACCUUAAGAAUAAACCAUAUCAAGGAUCAGAGAAAGUUAAGAAACAUCUGGAAGAAAAGAUCCGAGAGGAGAAAGUGACCACAAACCCAACUGCCCCAGGUAAACUUAGAAGAAGUAACCUGUACAAGGAAAUGACCAAACAAGACGCAAAUGACCACCAUCCUUCAAUACACAGAGGUAUAGGACAACCGAUUGGCAAGUCUAAUAAGCAAAGUGUUGAAAACACUGACGAUUUAGACCAGAAAGUCAAAGAAAUGAAAACACUCCUCAGUGACUUCGAAUCCAAGAUGAAACUUGCAAGAGGGCAAGUAGACGUGGUAGUUUAUACGUCAACAAUAAAGGAGAAGCUAUUGGAAUUCGACACUUUGUGGAGGAAGGUAAAAGGUCAGGUAGACAACUCAGGUGUUUUGGAGUUCAAGUUAUGUCUAGCAAACAGGCAAAUUCAAGAUGCAAAUGAGCAAGUCAAGAAGUUGACCGAACAGAAUAGAAAUUCAGUUGGCAACCUGCACAUCAAAACGGUACAACAGUGUGUACAUAAUAUGAGGGCAUCUAAACGCGAAAAUAGCAGCGUAAAAGAAGCAGGGGUAACAGCAACAAACAUGGUGGACAAGACAACUUCAGUAGACUUAGCGAUUAAAGUUGGACAAAACAAGGAUAUCGCUACUGAGGAACUUAGCAAUUUACAACAAAUGCAAGAUGAAGCGUCUGCACUGAAGUUGGAAAAUGACGAGCUCAGACGAAUAGUACCGGAACUCAAGAACAUCCUGAUUGAAGUACGUUCAGAGAACCUUCGCUUGCGGGGUCAAUGCGAGGAACGGACAAGAGACAUGACGGAAGCAGGCAAGACCCACGAAGAGAAGGAACGGGCCUGGAAGCUCCUGAGAGACGACCACAACCUUUUAAAGGAAAAACAUGCGAAGAUGAGAGCAGCUAUGGAUACCAUGGCCAAGGAGAAAGAGCAGAGCGAACUGAACGUACUGCAGUUGCACGGACAGCUGAAGGAGAUGGAGAGCAGAGAAUUGCAGCUACGUCAUCAGAAAAAGGCGAAGGACAUCGAAACUGACAAGAAGAAUCAAUCAACCACACAAGAACUAAGAGACAACACAGGAGAAACACGUGGAGAAUACAGUGGUUCACUAAGCCAGACAAGUCUUGAACUGAGGCAUUUAGACAAUGCUGGUAUAAAAGAUGCAGGUAGCAUUCCGUCAACAUUGGAAUCUGGCCAGGAAUGCCCCACGAAUGACCUUGGCACCUGUGAAAACGCUAAUCAACUGAUGCAAAGUCAGGCGGACCAAGACCAAGCGGUAAAAAGUGUUGAAGCUUUCUUUGGCAAACCCAAAGUCCAGAAUGACCAAAUGAAGAAGGAAUCUGACGGACAGGUUGCCCUAGAUAAGCUUCAAAGUCUGCAAAAUAAAUACAGCAAUUUGAUUAAAUCGUUUGAGGAUUACAAAGGUCAGAAUGGUAAGGACUAAAGAGAAUGGAGAAACGGACACCUUGAGAAACAGGUGUUACAUGUUGGUCACUGAUCCAUGCAAUUUGGGAUGACGUCUGUUCAAGUUGGGGCUAUAGCUACGAGAGUCUACAUGUCUAUUAUAGCUAGGAAAUAAAUGUUUGUCCAUAACAUUAGACAAAUUGUAACGGGAAGAAUCAAGAAAGCAGCCCUAUAGCUAUAUGUCUGAAUAAGAUAAUCUUUCAUUGUUUUUUUCUGAAGAUUUACAAUGUUUCAAAGUAGGUCAUUCACAAGACUUUUGUUUUUUAUCUUUUGUAAUGGAAUUACUGACACACUUUUACUUCUUAUUUCACGUAGGGAAAGAUGUUACACUACGCUAUUAUGGGAAAUAUGUGCACUGUAUUUACACCAGUUGUUGUAAUGAUAACACAAAAGUGUUUGUAGUAUUUUACUGAGUUAUUAGAUCAGUUGACUGAUUGUGUGUAAUUGUAAGUGUUAUGGGCCACAUUGAUAGUGCCGAAUAGGAGGAAAGUAUGAUACUUAAAUGGUGCCUAUCCUUUAUUAGUGUGUGGGUAUUUUGCACCAUAUUGCCAUCCAGAACACUCCAUCUAUAGUGCAUGUAUUUCACAAUCAGGACCUAUACGCAUACAAUAUUAUAUAUCAAUUGUAUAAUUGGUAACUUGUACUUAUAGUAAAGGGGAGAGAGUCACAUACAGAAUGUCUAGCCAUUUGAAUAGGCACACAGGACAUGGGUUAAUAAAUGAUACUGAUUCAAUA